UGCGUUUAUUAGCACAUGAAUAGAGAUGCUAAAAAAUCAGCAGCUCUACUACAUAGAUUGCUGCUAGUGUGCGCCCUCAUUGCGGUUCGUGCGCCAGUAGCGCACCAGCCUAACCUACGCAACCCUAAUCCAUCUUCAUCUACGCCAUCACCUAACCACUCUCCUCCUCCUCCUCCUCCUCCUCUCGCCUCCCUAUAUAUCAACGCCACCGUCACCGAUCAUAAUAAUACCGACAAGGCGCGACGGGAGCGCCGUGAUUUUAACCGUUCCGCCAAGAUCCCGGAUUCAUCUCGACUCGAUUUGAAUCCGCGGUCUUCCAUGUCGAAAUCACGCGUUUAUACCGAUGUUAACGUCCUCCGGCCCAAGGAAUACUGGGAUUACGAGUCGCUCACCGUCCAAUGGGGCGAUCAAGAUGAUUAUGAAGUUGUUCGUAAAGUUGGAAGGGGAAAAUACAGUGAGGUGUUUGAGGGUAUAAAUGUGAACAGCAACGAGCGGUGCAUAAUCAAGAUUCUUAAACCUGUUAAGAAAAAGAAGAUUAAGAGGGAAAUUAAAAUUCUUCAGAAUCUCUGUGGUGGCCCCAAUAUUGUCAAACUUCUAGACAUUGUUAGAGAUCAGCACUCAAAAACUCCUAGUCUGGUAUUUGAAUAUGUGAACAGUACAGACUUUAAAGUUCUGUACCCCACGCUCACAGAUUAUGAUAUACGCUACUACAUAUAUGAACUUCUCAAGGCAUUGGAUUACUGCCAUUCACAAGGAAUAAUGCAUAGAGAUGUCAAGCCUCACAAUGUUAUGAUUGACCAUGAAUUGCGGAAACUUCGGUUGAUUGAUUGGGGUCUUGCUGAAUUUUACCAUCCUGGCAAGGAAUAUAAUGUCCGUGUUGCAUCAAGAUACUUCAAGGGUCCAGAGCUUCUAGUUGAUUUACAAGACUAUGAUUAUUCUUUGGAUAUGUGGAGCCUUGGUUGUAUGUUUGCAGGAAUGAUAUUUAGGAAGGAACCAUUUUUUUAUGGUCAUGAUAAUCAUGAUCAGCUUGUUAAAAUUGCCAAGGUGAUGGGAACUGAUGAAUUGAACGCAUAUCUCAAUAAAUAUCACUUAGAACUGGAUCCUCAACUUGAAGCAGUUGUGGGAAGGCACACUAAGAAGCCAUUGUCUAAGUUCAUUAAUUCAGAUAAUCAGCAUUUGGUUUCUCCAGAGGCUAUUGAUUUUCUGGAGAAGCUCCUCCGGUACGAUCAUCAGGACAGGCUAACCGCAAGAGAAGCAAUGUCACAUCCAUAUUUCUCUCAAGUGAGAGCUGCUGAAAAUAGCAGAAUGCGGACGCAGUAGUAAGCUGUUCACAUGGGUUCUGUCUGCAGUCCAAGGGCCAUUAUUUGUGGGGCAAUUAUCAUCCUCUUCAUUGUAUACUCUGAAAAACUAUUGUCACUUCCGUUUCUUAAGUGCAGACAGUUGAGAAGAUUGUGUAUGGAUUUCUAUAUGACUCCUUGUUUGAAAGAAUAUAAUGGAUCAUUGUUCUUGCUGUCA